AUGGACUCGUUUAUCAGCGAGUUCGGUGACAUCCUCCAGAACUUUGCGGAUCUUCUCACGCACGAGCUCUGCCACCUUGGUCUUCUUCCUCUUGCUCUUAGUCUUGGCCACUUCAGUCGAAGCCAUCUCCUUGAAAAACGCCGGGGUAUCGUCGUCGUCAACGUCCAUGCCGUUGCCGUCCUCGUCGCCCCCGGCAUCGGCAUCAUCCACCUCGACGUCAUCCGGGCUGUCCUCCACCAGGCUAUCGUCGACGGCGACGCCAUUCAUGGCGCACCACGUACGGUAAUUUCUCUCGACCAUUGCCAGGACCUCCUUGGUGCCGAGCCAGCUGGCGCGGAGAGUCUUGUUCUUUCUGACGAAGCACACACGCAGGAGGCCGUCCCAUUCGUCCCAGCUGAUGUUCGGGCGAUCCUUGCCCAGCUUGGGCUCGAUCCGAACUACUGA